AUGCUUACAGAUCGCCAGUCGUCUCAGGCCGCUCCCGCCAGUACGCUGUCAAUUGACAGCCUCACCUUCAGUAUCUCGGAGUUCUCCUAUGAUCCGGAGGAUGGCAUAAAGUUCGAGUCCUGGUAUCGGCGUUACGAAGACCUGUUCCGGGUCGACCUCGCGUCCCAGGACGACGUGUGGAAGGUCAAACUCCUAACUUGCAAGCUGAGUCCAGCAGAACUGAAGAGAUACACAUACGCGAUCCUCCCCAAGUCCUCGGUCAACUUCAAUUUUGUAGAAACAGUUCAAAAUCUCAAGCGGAUGUUUGGAGAACGCGCCUCCUUGUUCAGUGCCCGGUACCGGUGCCUCAAACUCGCAAUAGGAGAGUUUGACGACAUCCUUUACCAUCUUGCAGUGGUCAGUCGAGAGUGCAAGAAAAGUCAUUUCAAAUUAAUGACUGAUGACCAGCUCAAAAACUUCAUUCUCAUUUGCAGUCUUCAAAUGCCUACGAACGCGGCUGCAACACCGGAUCAAUACCUACACUGGAGCAGCGUGCUGCAUGACUCCACGAUGGUCCAAGCUGGAGGCCGCAGUGCUACAGAAGUUAAUGCGGUCCAGCGUUUCCACAAACCACCUGCCACUUCUAGGCCCUCCUAG